AUGACCGAAGAUAACGGGAACCCGAUUUGGAAGAACCGGGUGGAAAGUUGGAAAGAAAAGAAGAGCAAGAAGAAAAAGCCUGCAAAAACUAAGGCUGGCACAGAAGCUCAAGUCCCACCUGAGCAGCAAAUGGAAGAUAACCCGGUACCGGAUGCUUCCCAGCCCCUCUCGACUAUAAUUCCGAUUCCAAAAAGCAGACUGGCACCAUACCGAACUGUGAUCGUUAUGCGAUUGAUCAUCCUCGGUCUUUUCUUCCAUUACCGUGAAACGAACCCUGCCGACAGUGCUUUUGCCCUGUGGCUCACUUCAGUCAUAUGUGAAAUCUGGUUUGCCUUUUCCUGGGUGUUGGAUCAGUUUCCUAAGUGGUAUCCUAUUAACAGGGAAACAUACAUUGAUAGACUAUCUGCAAGAUAUGAAAAAGAAGGUGAACCUUCUGAACUUGCUGCAGUGGACUUCUUUGUGAGUACAGUGGAUCCUUUGAAAGAACCGCCGUUGAUCACUGCCAAUACCGUGCUUUCCAUCCUUGCCCUGGACUACCCUGUGGAUAAUGUCUCUUGUUAUGUAUUCGAUGAUGGUGCCGCGAUGCUGACAUUCGAAUCUCUAGUUGAAACAGCUGAUUUUGCAAGAAAGUGGGUUCCGUUCUGCAAAAAGUUUGCCAUUGAACCACGGGCACCGGAGUUUUACUGCUCGCAGAAGAUCGAUUACUUGAAGGACAAACUGCAGCCAUCUUUCGUGAAAGAACGUAGAGCAAUGAAAGUAAUAGAGACUGAAGAAUUCAAAAUCAGAAUCAAUGCUUUAGUUGCAAAGGCUCAGAAAACACCUGAAGAAGGAUGGACAAUGCAAGACGGAACUCCGUGGCCGGGAAAUAACAUGCGUGAUCACCCUGGCAUGAUUCAGGUUUUCCAUGGAUAUAGCGGUCUCCAUGACAUCGAAGGAAAUGUACUUCCCCGGCUGGUUUAUGUCUCUAGAGAGAAGAGACCUGGCUACCAACACCACAAAAAAGCUGGUGCAGAAAAUGCUUUGGUUCGGGUGUCUGCGGUUCGUACAAAUGCUCCAUACAUUCUCAAUCUCGAUUGUGACCACUAUGUUAACAAUAGCAAGGCGGCUAGGGAGGCAAUGUGCUUCCUGAUGGAUCCACAAGUCGGUCGAGAUGUAUGCUAUGUGCAGUUUCCUCAAAGAUUUGAUGGUAUAGAUAGGAGUGAUAGAUAUGCGAAUCGUAACACAGUUUUCUUUGACGUUAACAUGAAAGGUCUUGAUGGAAUUCAAGGGCCAGUUUAUGUGGGAACAGGUUGCGUUUUCAAUAGGCAAGCACUUUAUGGGUAUGGGCCACCUUCAACGCCUAGCUUGCUGCCCAAGUCAUCUUCUUCAUCUUGCUCAUGGUGUGGCUGCUGCCCGGGCAAGAAGGAACCAAAAGAUCCAUCAGAGCUUUAUAGGGAUGCAAAACGUGAAGAACUCGAUGCUGCCAUCUUCAACCUUAGGGAAAUCGAAAACUAUGAUGACUAUGAAAGAUCAAUGCUGAUCUCUCAAACGAGCUUCGAGAAAACGUUCGGCUUAUCUUCUGUCUUCAUUGAAUCUACACUAAUGGAGAAUGGAGGAGUGGCAGAAUCUGCCGAUCCUUAA